CGGUGGAUCACGAGUCUUUGCCAACGAGUUGAAAAUCCAGAAAACAAAGAGAAAAUCUAACCGAUCGGUGCACCAAACUUCCGACCAAAUCAGCCGACACACACUCAAGUUUGAUCAUCUGUUCGAGUUCCGGCGUCAAAAUGCCUUCGACGUUAACCCAGACGCAGAGGUAUGCCGCCGGAGCUUUAUUCGGGUUGGCCCUAAACCAAACGCAAAUUCACCAAACCUUUCCGUUAGGGUCCUCCUCCGAUGAACUAACCGAAGAACGUGGUAGCAAUGCAAGCAGUACCGAUUCGGUCAGCGAAGAUCCUCAGCUAUGGGUCAACGAGUCAUGUGGUCUGCUCCGCCCUAUUUUCAGGUUUCUAGAUAUCGACAAAUCAGCUUGGUAUGGCCUAGAGGAAACAGCUGGUUCUUCUCCAAGUCGCCAUGUUGGAGCUUUCUUAAGAUUACUCGGGGAAGAAAGUAGUGAUGUUUCUUCAGAAGUAUCAGACCAGGAACUUGCUUUAUCCAAUGCAGUCGAUGCCAUGGUGGCAAGUAUAGAAAUAACUCCCGAGGAUUAUAAAUGGAGAAAAGAGAAGCAACGUGCAUAUGCACAUGAUUGGCAGGAGAAGUUUGCCAGUAGCGAUUCAAAAUCUGAACUUGAAAACAAGAUGAAAACAGAAGAGGAAAAAGAUUGCAAUUCCCAUUCAACAUCUGAACUUGAAAACAAGAUGAAAACAGAAGAGGAAAAAGAUUGCAAUUCCCCUAAAAUUGAACAGGAGACUAAAGAAGUGGCUAUUGCAUCCAACAGUGUCACUGUAGAACAGCCUAUUGAAGAGGUGAAGAUGCUUGGUUAUGGAAGAAAAGUAACAGUCCUAUAUGAGCUUCUUUCAGCUUGUCUGGCAGAUUUACCCGAAGAUAAUAACAGUAAAUCUAAGAGACAGAAAAAAGGUUAUGAUGCUAGACAUCGUGCGGCUUUACGGUUGUUAACAGCAUGGUUUGACCUCAAAUGGAUCAAAGUGGAAGCGAUUGAGAUUAUAGUGGCUUUAUCUGCAAUGGCUAUAUUGAAACAAGAAGAAGCAAAGGAAGAGGAGCAAGCACCAAAAAGCAUGUGGGCUAAGUGGAGACGUGGAGGUAUUAUUGGAGCUGCUGCUUUAACUGGUGGAACUUUAAUGGCGAUUACUGGUGGUUUAGCAGCUCCAGCAAUUGCUGCAGGAUUUAGUGCUAUAGCACCAACAUUGGGUGCAAUUAUACCAGUGAUUGGAGCUGGUGGUUUUGCUGCUGUUGCUACAGCUGCAGGAAGUGUUGCAGGUUCUGUUGCAGUGGCUGCUUCAUUUGGAGCUGCUGGAGCUGGGCUUACAGGGACAAAAAUGGCUAGAAGGACAGGAAGUAUUGAUGAAUUUGAGUUCAAAACCAUAGGGGACAAUCAUAACCAAGGCAGGUUGGCAGUUGAGAUAUUGGUGUCAGGAUUUGUCUUUGAGGAGCAAGAUUUUAUAAGGCCUUGGGAAGAUCAACUUGAUAACAUGGAAAGGUAUGCAUUGCAAUGGGAAUCUAAGCAUUUGAUUGCUGUAAGCACUGCAAUUCAGGACUGGCUUUCAUCAAGUCUUGCAAUGGAGUUGAUGAGACAAGGUGCAAUGCUGACUGUAUUAAGCUCUCUUUUAGCAGCUUUAGCCUGGCCUGCAACUUUACUUUCAUUAACCAGUUUUAUUGACAGCAAAUGGACAAUCGCUGUCAACAGAUCUGACAAGGCUGGAAAGCUGCUUGCUGAAGUGUUGAUCAAGGGAUUGCAAGGCAACAGGCCUGUGACACUAAUAGGUUUCUCACUUGGAGCACGUGCUAUCUUCAAAUGUCUUCAACAUCUAGCAGAAACUGGACAUGAUGGACUUGUGGAAAGAGUAGUUCUACUUGGUGCACCUGUUUCUAUACAAGGUGAAAAUUGGGGAGCUGUAAGAAAGGUAGUGUCUGGGAGAUUGAUAAAUGCUUACUCCACAAACGAUUGGAUGUUAGGAGUAGCCUUUCGUGCUAGUCUCCUGACACAAGGAUUAGCUGGAAUUCAGGCUGUGGAUAUUCCUGGAAUUGAGAAUGUUGAUGUUACAGAACUGAUAGAUGGGCAUUCAUCUUAUUUAUGGGCUACACAGGAGAUACUUGAUCGUUUGGAAUUAGAAACUUAUUACCCGGUUUUUAAAAUAAAUCGCAACAUAACUUAAGUUAAGGUGGGAUUCCUAAAUGUACAGUUCUUGCGUUCUUGGUAGAUAUAUAUGUCCAC